UAUAUCAUGACGUCAUAUCCAAACGACACUUUAGCAUGUCGGGUUGAAGAAAGGAGCUAGCAAGACAAGGCAGCUUCAAAGUCUUGACAAAAGUGUUAGUCGUGGAGCUGUCGAUGCUGUUUGAGCUUUAGACUGUUUAAUUUAACAGUGACAGUGAGGUUUGUCGUAUACAUUUAGCACAGAAUUCGAUCCAAGUGUAAAAAUGAGCGUCGCCAAUCGAGGAAGUCACCCAGCUUGUGGACAAAAGUAGCUAGCUAGCCGUUAGCAGGAGUUCUGUUGUUUUGGGUUUGAGGUGGAUGUUUUUUGUGGAAACAUGAGCUGAAACUUUUGAACAACGAACUCUGAAAACUCUCCACGGGAGUUGCAUAAACAUGCGUAGGGUGUCUUUGGAGUGAAUUAGCCCCGUUUUCUGUGACAUCAGAAUAAAAACAACGAGCUACCGCGGGCGUCGUUAGUAUUUCAAGAGCUCUUUUUUGUGGAAACCCUGGACCAGGAGUAGAUUAAAAAAUGGGGAACUGCCUGAAAUCCCCGACAUCGGACGACAUCUCUCUGCUUCAUGAAACCCAGUCGGACAGGGCGAGUUUAGGAGACGUGACGGAUGCAGACCUGGAGCCACCUCCGCCUUACCAGGAGCAGGCUCACAUGCCAAUGUACCAUCCCACGCCCAGCCAGACCCGUCUAGCCACCCAGCUGACAGAGGAGGAGCAGAUCCGCAUCGCCCAGCGUAUUGGACUGAUCCAGCACCUGCCCAAAGGCGUUUAUGACGGAGGGCAAGAUGGCUCGGAGAAAAAGAUCAGAGAGUGCGUGAUCUGCAUGCUGGACUUUGUCUACGGCGACCCAGUGCGGUUCCUGCCGUGCAUGCACAUCUACCACAUGGACUGUAUUGACGACUGGCUUAUGAGGUCCUUCACCUGCCCCUCCUGCAUGGAGCCCGUCGACGCCGCCCUGCUGUCCACCUAUGAGACCAACUGAUACUCUCUGAAUUUAAAAACAACACAAAAAAGGUUGGCUGUUGUCUUGUCUUGCACUUUCAAAUAAAGAAACCCGUAACAAAGUUCCACAAUACUAGAUUUGUGUGCGCCACUUGAGCCGGCCUCAGUGGUCACUUUACUGUAAAUUAUUGACCAUCAGAAGUGCAACGUAACAAAAAAAACGAACAAUUAUUAGCUGAAAUACUAUUUAUGAAUACUGAUUGGCUGUCAUGUAUCAUUGCCUUACACAGGAAUAUAAUCCAUAGGAAAUAUGUAAAUGAAAAAGUACACAGAAAAUACUGUAUAAGCAUACAUAAGUUGUGAAUGUUAUUUGGUUGUGUGUGUAAAUAAAGCAGCCAGUGUAAAGGGCUCUGAUUGCAUGAGAAGGUGGAUCACAACUUUCACUUUCAUCUGAUCCACAGAUUUGCACUUUAUUUCUGUAAAAAAAAUAUAUAUAUAUGCGUGUGUGUAUCUACAUGUGUGUGUGUGUGUGUGUGUGUGUAUAUAUAAACUGCCACCAUAUAUAUAAACUGCCACCAAGUUUUUGCUCAGUGUGCAGACAGAAGUUUGCUCAUCACUUUCAUUCGAUUCCGCAGUUAUAUUAUUCAAUCUUUAUUUGGGUUGCUAUUAUUUACUGUUGUUGUUGCAUUUAGACUUAGUUUAAACAUCUAACGGUGCAAACAAGUUCCAAAUUAGUUUUUCAUUGAGUCUAAUUUGCUUUUACUGUUUUUAAACUCGUCCUUAAUGAUCAUGUUUCAUGUAAUAUUUGUUUACAAACCAGCUCUAGUGUGUGUGUGUGUGUGUGUGUGUGUGAAGGGGAAAAAAAA